UAGUGUCUGUAGUUUGUCUGAUGCACGUAUUUUCACUCAGUCUUUCUGAGUUAUCUAACCUGGUUUAAAAUUCAGUGGAUGAAAAAUUUAAAUAAUACGAAAAAGUUAUCGUAGUUUUUAAAGUUUUGAGAAGACAGUGUUUGGAUUUUGUGCAACUGAGGACAAACAACACAUUACAACACAUCAGAGGGUAGACCAACAAAUUGAUAAUGGCUUUUGCGGGGUUGAAAAAACAAAUAAAUAAAGCUAAUCAGUAUGUCACAGAAAAAAUGGGAGGUGCGGAAGGCACCAAACUGGAUCUCGAUUUUAUGGAUAUGGAAAGGAAAACGGACGUGACGGUAGAACUGGUGGAGGAGUUACAAGUAAAAACAAAAGAGUUCCUACAGCCAAACCCUACGGCACGAGCCAAGAUGGCUGCCGUCAAAGGUAUCAGUAAACUUAGCGGUCAAGCGAAAUCGAAUACUUACCCCCAGCCAGAAGGUGUACUAGGAGACUGUAUGCUGACCUAUGGUAAGAAAUUAGGAGACGAUAGCCCUUUUGGAUUGGCUUUAAUCGAAAUGGGAGAGUCGUUAAAGCAAAUGGCCGAUGUUAAAUACUCAUUAGAUGAUAAUAUUAAACAAAACUUUUUGGAACCUCUGCAUCACCUCCAGACUAAAGACUUAAAAGAAGUAAUGCAUCAUCGGAAAAAAUUACAGGGAAGAAGGCUAGACUUUGACUGCAAACGACGACGACAAGCAAAAGGAUCAAAUAUUCCAGAUGACGAGAUUAGAAUGGCGGAGGAGAAGUUCGCUGAAUCCCUACAACUUGCUCAAAUGGGAAUGUUCAAUUUACUAGAAAAUGACAAUUUUCAGGUCGAGCAGAUCUCACAAUUAGCAACAUUCGCCGAGGGAUUAUUAGAUUACCAUAGCCAGUGUACAGAAGUUUUGAAGCACCUUACUGAAACUUUAUUGGAAAAGAAAGAUGAGGCUGCAAAUCGUCCAAAGGUUGAAUUUGUUCCCAAAACUCUCCAAGAUCUACACAUAGAAACAGUACAGGACGGAUUAAAUGGUACAAAUAAUCACACUAAUUUAUUUAAUCACAGUAGUAACCAUCACAAUAGUUAUGGCAGUGGCUAUAUUUAUAGGAAGCCCGCCCCAAAAACCAUCCCCAUCAAACAACCAAAUUACCAACAUCAGCAACUGUCAGAUCCCUUUGAUCCCUGGAGCUACCCUCAAGCAUCACCAUUGCCGUCCCCCAUGAAGUCUCCAGCUAGGACUCCGAUGACUAGGCAACCAUGUUGUACAGCACUUUACGACUUUGACCCAGAAAAUCCUGGUGAACUUGGAUUCAAGGAAAAUGAAGUCAUAAUGCUCAUGAACAAAAUCGACGAGAACUGGUUCGAAGGAAGCGUCAACGGACGUACAGGUUAUUUUCCAGUAAAUUAUGUAAGAGUGGAUGUCCCACUUCCAUGAAUCACCGGUUAACAGAAAUCAUGAACAACCCCUUAUAUUUAUUUAGAUGUUUUUGUGCACGUUACUCUUCUUUUACUUGCCAUUUGUAAAAAUACUUUGUUUAUAGUUAACUUCAACUGCACUUCAAGAAGUGAGAUUAGGCCAUAUAUGUAUAUUAUAUGCUAGUGAUUAAAAGAGCAUUUAAUUUAGUUAGAUAGAAACAAAAGGUACUGAAUUUGUAAUGUGUUAAAAAUCUUCCUGAUAUUAAAGUUUUUUUCCAUUUUGUACAUAUAGUAUAUAACGUACAUUAAAAACUUUUAAUUACUUUUAAAAAUAUUUUAAAUCGAUAGAAUGUAUGUGUGGUUGUGUGCAGUUGAAAUUGUGUCAUUUAUUGAAAGAAAAAAGAUAUUAUGACCCCUGUCAAACUGUCGCCCCCAGCUUGCAGAAAUUAAAAAACAAAUUGCGCUAAAUAUCGAGCUAUUUAUGACCUUUCAUAUCCCGCAGAUUAAAAAUUUUGAGCUCGGUACACUGGGCAGGAAUUUAAUAUUUUUUUGUGGGAGGCGGAGUCAACGUUGACUCAGCUCCCCACUACUAAAAAAUAGAGAUAUUGAAUCGAUAUUUGUGGCAGAAUUACGAACUAUUUAUGAGCUUUUCAUAUUUAAAUUUAUUAUAUAAAUCAUAAAUUUAAAAGAAAAUUAAAUUAAUUGUGUUUAAAAUAUAUUUUCCCUGUAUAUUUUUUAAAAGAAAUUGCAAUUAAAUAAUCGAAAUGGGCGUAUUUUGCGAGCUCAUAAAUUAUUAUACGAUAUGUAGUCGCAAAAUAAUCAAUUUUAUUCAUUUUAAGUACAAUUUUUAUCUCUUCAGCCGGGAAGAUGGGGAGGUUUUCUUGCGAAAGGAUUUCUCAUUGAUCGAAAUGCUCGUAUUUUUUUAAGAGUUUAUUCUUGGAAUUUAUACGCUAUACGAAUUCUACCCGUGAUUCGAUAUAUUUUAACUUUUCUCAACAUUUUCUCUUGAGUUGAAUCAACUAAAGGGUUGUUUUGGGGUUAAAGGGAUGAGCUCAAGAAUGGAAACUACACUCACCGGCACAAAAUUCUGCCACCCAAAAAUUUGGAUUAAGUUUGACAAUCUAUAACUUUCUUAUUUGUACUCCGAUUUUCAAGAUUUUUGCACCCUGUUGUAGAUAUAUGUAUUGAGGUUGUUUGUUAUUAUUCCGGUAACAUUUUUUUUGUUUAGAUGGCAUUAUACGGGGGGUGAAUGGAAGCAUUGUAUUUUAUCCUAACUUUAAAAAAUUAUGUGGAAAAUUGGAGAGCUGAUUUUGAUUCAUACUCCUUUUGUAUUAUCCUGGAGGUAUCACUAAGAUUUUUGUUUUUGAAUUAUCCGAAUAUCUCUUUUCUUGCAAGAGCUGUAAUUAAAAACACAAUGGUUUAUUUAAUUUAAAAUAUCAAACGCAUUAAAAUUAACAACACAAAACAAAAUUAACAACAAAACAAAAGAAUUCAAUGACGGGUAUGUUCACCUCUCGCAACAACGACUGCUCGCAAUUUGUUUGGCAUCGAAUAAAGAUGUGUUGUCCUUGCCUGGGGAAUAGCCCGAUAUUUCUCUACCAAGGCCAUAACUGUACCAAAUUUUCUGGACGCCUAGGAUGACGGCGAAUACCUUUUUUUUUAAGUCGUUCCAUAAAUUCUCAAUAGGAUUGAGAUCUGGGCUGCAUGCGGGCCAUUUCAAUCUUAUCAAUCCAACCUCUAUUUUAGGAGUCCAUCAGUGUUUUUAUUUACAAAGAAUGGUACAUCUCUUACAAGAAAAGAGAUAUUCAUUAUGCAAAAAACAAAAAUUUUAGUGAUGCCUCUGGGAUAAUAUGACAGGACCAUGAAACAAAAUCAGCUCUUCCAUUUUUUGCACAGAAUUUUUUAAAAUUAGGAGAAAAUACAAAUAAUACCAUGCAAGCAAAAUUUUUGUGUUGCCGGAAUAAUACCAAACGAUAUCAAUACACGUACCUACAAACUGAUGCAAGAAUCUUGAAAAUCGGAGCACAAAUAAUAAAGUUAUAAAUUGUCAAACUUAAUCAAUAAUUUUGAGUGUCGGAAUUUUGUGACGGUGAGUGUAUAUCACUUCGAAAGCGCAUAAAUAUCUCGAUUCUGCCGCAAAUAGGGACAAAUAAAUUUAAGUAGUGGGGGGCUGAGCUGACAUUGACUCAGCUCCCCAUAAAAAAUAUUAAAUUCCUGUCCCUUGUAAUGAGAUCAAAAUUUUUAAUCUGCGGGAUAUGAAAACUCAUAAAUAGCUAUUAUUUUAGCUAAUUUAAUUUUUAAUUUAGCGCUAUUUGUUUUUUAAUUCCUCCAAGUUGGGGGUCAGCUCAACAAGGGUGAUAUUAUGAACGAAUCAUGCGGACAACAUUAAUUUUAGUUGUAAAUAUUAAGUACCUAAAUUUAGGUUAGUCUCUUUUAUUUAGUCGUUCGUUAUGCUUUGUUUUUAUUAUCAAUCCAAUAUUUUUAAUUUUCGACCACUUUUGUGGCGGAGGGGGUCCGCGGGGAUCCUCUCCCCACAAAAUUGGUCGAAAAUUAAAAAUAUUGCUCCAAUACAUUAUGACUUGUUACUAAAAUAUAUAGUUUUUCAAAUAAUAUACCAAGAAAUUAAACAAAAAUUACUUAUAAUGAAUAUAAUCGUAUGGCACUGGCAGCCUUAUUCUUCUAAGUUGUGGAACGUUUGAUGACAAUUAUAUAUCUAAAUACUGUUUGUUUGAAGACUAAACUAGUCUCAACCUUUUACAACUUGCCAAAAUGUUAUUUGCAUGGAAAAAGUUAAUGUUUAAAAAUAUAAAGUAACCAAAUAUUCUGUUGAUGUUUUAAAUUAGAUGCUAGGAUUUCGGCUAAAACUUUAUAUUUUAUACAUGAACUAUCAACUAAACCAGCUGUUCUAAUACGUAUUUAGGACACUUGUGUGAAUAUAUAAAUAUGUAGAUCGGAGAACUUUUUCUAUCGAGGAAGUAUCAAAAGGAAAAAUAACGGAUUUGCUAAGUUGGAUUUUUCAAAAUUACAAACUUAUCUUACCUUGGUGUUAUUCAUUGAGAGUACAUAUAAACACAUCUCUCCUUGCCAGGAUUUAUUUAUUAUCCUGUUUUUAUUGUCUAAAUAUUUAUCGUAUCGAUGAAAAGAACAAUAUGCAGGUAAUUUGUGAAAUACUUUUUUACAUUUAACAUUAACACUUUACAAAAAAAGCUGGCCAAAAUGAAAAUUUUAAAAACUGCCAUUUCGGACUAAUUCUUGUCCCUAAGCAGGUGAUGUGACGGCAUCUAGCACUAUACUGUAGCGGUUUUUUACUGUAAUAACUUAUAAUUACAAUGAAACUAGCGCUAUUUAUAUACGACUUUAUUUAUAUAACUGUACAGUCGAAUUUAUUUUACAGACUGUCUCUAUUUACAAAAUUCGUUCCUUAUACAAGGUGUCCCAAAAGUAGUGGAACGGUCGAAUAUUUCGCGAACUAAACAUCGGAUCGAAAAACUGAAAAAUGGGUGUUCAAUCAUUUUCAAACAUCUAUUCAAUGACACCAAACACCAACCCCCACUACACACCCUACAGUUGGGGUGGGGGUAACUUUAAAAUCUCAAAUGGAAACCCCCAGUUUUUCUUGCAAAUUUGGAUUCGUUACGGAAAAGUAGGCAACUGUUAUUUAAGACAUUUUUUCGAACUGUGGAUAGAUGGCGCUAUAAUUGGGAAAAACGAUUUAUCCUGAUACCAUAGGUAAAUUAUAGAAACGGUCUAAUGUCUCACGAAAUACACUUCCAAAUGAGAAACUAAAAAACAGAUUUUUAAUCUUUUUCGAAAACCUUUCGAGUAACACCAAACGUGACCCUCCAACCCACCCCCUGGAUGUGGGGUGGGGGUAACUUUAAAAUCUUAAAUAGCAACCCCCACUUUUUAUUACAGAUUCGGAUCCGUCACGAAAAAUUUAGCAACAUUUAUUCGAAACAUUUUUUUAGAAUUGUUAAUAGAUGGCGCUUUAAUUGGAGAAAUACGAAUUAUUAGCGCCAUCUAUCAGAAAUUUUAAAAAAUGUUUCGAAUAAAUGUUGCUUAAUUUUUUAUGACGAAUUCGAAUCUGAAAUAAAAAGUGGGGGAUUUUAGAGAUGGCUAUUUAAUAUUUUAAAGUUACCCCCACCCAACCUCCAUGGGGUGCGUUGGAGGGUCAUGUUUGGUGUUAUUCGAUAGGUUUUCGAAAAAGAUUAAAAAUCUGUUUUCUGGUUUCUCAUUUAGAAGUUUAUUUCGUGAGAUAUUAGACCGUUUCUAUAAUUUACCUAUGGUAUCAGGAUAAAUCGUUUUUCCUAAUUAUAGCGCCAUCUAUCCACAGUUCGAAAAAAUGUCUUGAAUAAAAGUUGCCUACUUUUACGUAACGAAUCCAAAUUUGCAAGAAAAACUGGGAGUUUCCAUUUGAGAUUUUAAAGUUACCCCCCACCCCACCUUCAGGGGGUGUAGAGGGGAUUGGUGUUUGGUGUCAUUGGAUAGAUUUUUGAAAAUGAUUGAACACGUAUCACAGUAUUUUUCAGUUUUUCGAUCCGAUGUUUAGUUCGCGAAAUAUUCGACCGUUCCGCUACUUUUGGGACACCCUAUAUAUUGAAUACAAAAUACCAGACAUUUUCUUGAACGUUCCAGAAAAACGGAACCGCUCAUCACUAGUAAUCCGUGGCCUUGACUGUCGAACAAUCACGAGAAAUCGUUUCCUCGCUCGUUCGGUGAGUCAUUGUUCCAGAUGUCUCCUUACGUGACGUGCUGUCGAGAUGAAACCUGUUAUUUGCGGUCGGUAAUUCGUCACAAUACCCUCCAAUUUUUUAGCAUUAUAAUUUAAAUAUGAUUUCUGGCAUAAUAUGUCCGCUACUUUUCCAACAUUUGUGGCCGUAUAUCGUCAAUAACGCUGCGAAUGUUGUCCUCCAAUUGGUCAAUCGUUUCAAGCAUAUCGGCAUAGACAAGCGACUUCACAUAAUCCCAUAGAAAAUAGUCUAGCGGUGUCAAAUCGCACGAUCUUGUAGGCCAAUUCACGGGUCCGAAACGUGAAACUAUGCGUUUACCAAACGUUUCCGUCAAUAAAUCAGCUGUGGCACGAGCAGUGUGACAUGUUGUGCUGUCUUGUUGAAACCACAGCUCCUGCACAUCAUGUUUUUGUCAAUUGAGGAAUGAAAAAGUCAGUAAUCAUGGCUCUAUAGUUGUCAUCAUUGACUGUUAACGUUCUGGCCAGCAUCGUCAAUCAUUGGUACGGACCACUGAUUCCACCAGCACAUAAAUCACUCCAAACAGUCAGUUUUUCUGGAUGUAAUGUUGUCAUAACAUACACUUGAGAAUUAUAUUCACUCGAAAUAUUGCAGUUUUGUUUGACGUAGCUAUUUAACCAAAAAUGAGCUUCAUCGCUAACCAAAAUUCGCUUAUGAAAAAUCGGAAUCAACGGUAAUCUCGUUUUAGGCCCUUUCACCGAAUCUACGCCUUGCUAGGUGAUCGUAUAGCUUCAAUUCUCACACGAGUUAGACGAUUUAGUAAGCACGCAAACCAAGAUCAUUCCGCAAAUACUUCCAUAAAAUGGAUGGACACAUAUUCAACUGCUGUGCAAGAUGGCGGAUAGAAUGAUUGAGGUACAUAUUCCUCUAUGCUACGCUCUAUACCAGCAACAACUUCUUCUGUAUGCACUGUACGAAGUUAUAUAAAGCUACCUGCUUUAAGGACAAGAAUUGGACCGAAUUGCUAAUUUCUGAAAUUUUCGUUUUGGCCAGCUUUUUAUGUGAAAUACUGUUCGUCGUUUAACAAUGUGCACUGCGCCAUGUUGCCACAUAACCUCAUACAAAAUGAAUAAUCUUACUUUUUCUGUAAAUCUAACGUUUGUAUAAAUAUUGUAAACAGUAAAGUGUCAGAAUAGCUUUUAUAGCAACAUAUUGCUCAACAGGACGAUUCAAUCUAACUUUAAUGUGAUUAUUUUGCAAAAACAAUUGUGUUGUAAGUCCAACCCUUAUAAUAAUUGAUAGGAAGUGUUAAUGUUUAAUCUCUUAUUCGUGUUUAUAUAAGGUGUCUUUAAGGUGUUAAAUUAAUAAAAGCAGGGUUGGAUUUAUAAUUUCUUUUCAUAGAGACUUAACAAGUUUCCAGAAAUUAACUACUAAAAGGAUGUAUGUUCAUAUGAAUAAAAAAUAACUGGAAAGAAGCUUUAUCACUCACUAUUACACAAGUAAGUUGAGAAGAUUAGACGAUCCAUUAUCUUUGACACGUUUUAGUGCCUACCACAAUAUACAAGGUGCGUCAGAGUCACCGAUAGGAAGCCUAUUUGGAAAGUAACGAGCGAGAUUAAAAAUUCCUUUAUGUUAAAUUUUAGUAGCUACUAAAACUUAAAGUGACUAAACGUAUAAAGGGUGAUCAUGUAUAAUAUAUAAGAGAAACAAGACCAAACACUGUAAUUUUUUAAGUAUUCUAUCUUCUUAUAUUAGUCGUCGAUUAUCGAACAUUGGCGAUCAUACAUAACCUUGUUUACGGCAGCUCGAAACAGAUAUCGGAUGUCUCUUGAUACCACUCACUGAGAUUUCGGAGCCAGAGUGUUCUUUUUGGGCCUGGGCCUCUUCUUCCGGCGAUCUUGCUCUGUAUUAUGAAGUAUAGAAGGUUAUAUCUUUCUGAAUGUCUCAUUACAUAACUGAAAUAUUGUAACUUUCGAAUUUUUAUUGUUUUCACUAUUUCUGUUCUCCAUUCCAUCUUUAUUAUCUUCUAUCCUCUUUAACCAACUUUUCCAACCUUUUUGGUCUCAAUUUGUUCGUAUAUGGCAGCAUGUUUACUUCGCAGUUGAAAGUGACUAAACAUAUAAAGGGUGAUCAUAAUAUAAGAGAAACAAGACCAAAUACUGUAAUUUUUUAAGUGCUCUCUUUUCUUCUAUCAGUGCCCUGUGUCCAGUGCCCAAUCGAUUAUCGAACAUUUGCGAUCAUAACUUUGUUUACGGCAGCUUGAAAGUUUACGGUUUAAUAUUCUUUUUUGUACCUGGGCCUCUUCUUCCGGCCUUCCCGACCUUUGCUCUGUAUUAUGAGAUAUACAAAUAAACAGUAGAUUUUAACAUCCUAGUAAUAUAUAACGCGUUUUAUUGAACAUUGUAAAACUCAUUCUUGUUAUUAUUUUGACAUCCAUUUAACGUCUAACUAGUCAAAUUUAAUUUGUAGCUGCUACUACUGUAUUGUUUUUACAGUAUAAAUACCAUUGCACGUCAUUAUCUACGUCAAAUAUCUAAGUUGACCUUGUUGCUAAUUACAAAAAAUCCUGAAAUCAUUUUAAAUGGAUAUAUUACAUAAUAAUUGCAGAAGUGCAGAAAAUUAAUAUCGCAAUAACUAUUGUAAAACUUGAAACUACACAUAGUUGAGUUAUACGUCUGUGGAUUCUGCAUCGGUCCAGCCAGUAUCCAUCCCAGCAAUGUCUUCUGCAAUAUGGGUUGAAACUCAGAUAUUUUAAUCUGUCCCACACAAAGAAGACUAUAAAACAUCUCGGUACCUAGUAACAUGUCCACUUUACCCGAAAAUCCAAAUUCAGCAUCAGAUAGCGGUAAAUGAGGGGGUAUAUCUAAUUGAGAUAUAUUUAGAUUUUGACUAGGUAUCAAACCACAGAUCUUUGCCACAACCAAACAUGAAAUUGUUUUCUGAAAAUUACUAUGCAAUGACUUGAAUGACACCAUACAUCUGCCACUAACACCAGAAGACUUUUGAUUGAUACCAAAUAUUCUCAUUAUGACUGUAUCUUGUUGAAGUUCCAACUUACCAGCUAACUCAGAAGUAAUCAGGUUUGGCUGACUCCCAGAACCCAAUAAAACACGACAUGUUUGCCA